CGCGGAAGUGGGUGGCGGGGAGCGGGGAGCGGCGUGGCUCGGCCUGGCCCGGCAGCUCCGCGUUGGCCCGCUCCGCACCGCUCCGCACCGCGCUGCCCCCGCCGCUCCGCGCCGCCCCGCGGCCCCGCGCCUCCCGCAGCGCCGCCCGCGGCGGGGCCAUGGCGCGGGGCGGCGGCAAGGCGGGGAGCCUGAAGGACAAGCUCGACGGCAACGAGCUCGACCUGAGCCUGUGCGAUCUGAGCGAGGUGCCCGUCAGGGAGCUGGCUGCACUUCCGAAGGCAACUAUAUUGGAUUUGUCCUGUAACAACCUCAUCUCCUUACCGUCAGACUUCUGUAGUUUGAUGCACCUGGUGAAACUGGAUCUGAGUAAAAAUCGCCUUCAACAGCUGCCUUUGGACUUUGGCCGCCUGGUCAAUCUGCAGCAUCUGGACCUCCUGAACAACCGUUUAGUCACCCUGCCAGUCAGCUUUGCACAGCUCAAGAACCUGAAGUGGCUGGAUCUGAAGGACAAUCCCCUGGAUCCCGUUCUAGCUAAAGUAGCCGGAGACUGCCUGGACGAGAAGCAGUGUAAACAGGCUGCUGUCAGGGUACUGCAGCAUAUGAAAGUGAUCCAGUCUGAGCAGGACCAAGAAAGACAACGGAAGCUCCAAGCAGAGCGAGAAAUGGAGAAGAAGCGUGAAGCCGAACAGCGAGCCAGGGAGGCUCAAGAAAGGGAACUGAGGAAGCGAGAGAAGGCAGAGGAAAAGGAACGCAGAAGACGGGAGUAUGAUGCUCAGAGAGCUGCAAAACAGGAGAUGGAAAAGAAAACUAAAAAAGAAACCGUGCAAACCCGAAAGCCUGCCUCCAGUUCUCGUCCUCCUCAGCCGCCCCGGCACAAGCACUCCUGGUCACGGUCAGUGCUGAGGGUCCUGCUGCUGGUGCUGCUGUGCAUCCUCUGUACUUUGGCUGUCUGCAAGCUGACAGAGCUACAGCAUCAACCGCUGUGCAUCAGCGUGAACACUCUCUACGAGGAUGUGGUAGCUGCUGUGCAAAACCAUAAAUCCCUGCAAAACCUGCUACACCAGAACUCGCAGCAGUGAUCGGCCGGAACGGGCACUCGCUUCGUCAGCAUCUCCUUCCACCAUCCAUGCAGCCAGAAUUCCUAUGGAAUUGUGUUCUGAUGAAACUGCUUCUAAUCAGUCAGCAUCGAUUUGCUGGUCCGCUCCACGUAGAGCAGAGUUAUUGUUUGGAUCAUCUUUGCUGUGCGUGUUUCUCAGUUGGCCUGUCAACUCUUAUUUGCCCAGAUUAACUUACUUAAAUUUGUUAAUACUUCUUGCCUCCAAGGAAUUUUUACCUAGAUUGUGAGAUACAGAAAGUUGCCAAUUUAUAGAAGCGGGGGAAAUUAAAAAAAAAAAAGCCUUACAGUUAUCUAGGUAGCUAUAGCUCUAUAAUGGAGGUAUAAGUUUUGUAAUACAUAUCCAUUUCUUGCUCUCAUUUCUGUUAAUGCUAAAAAUCAGUGGUAUGGCUGUAUGGGGUUGUAUGGGGUAGGCCUCCUCCAGGACCAAUUACAAGUUUGUGGAAUGGCUGCGCAUCCUUAUGUUGGAGUGAAGAAGCUGAUGUACUCUUGAAAAAAGCUGAAAAUUUUCAAUACAACAGUUUUCGCAUCAA